GGCUCGUUCUGAUGGGCGGCUCGAACUAUGACGGCGAAGAUGUGACAGACGGCAUCUCUGUCUUCCUGCCUUCGUGCUUCCCGCGGACAGAAGGCGAGUGGAGCAUGGGAGACGCCAUGGGAGAGUCCUGGCCGCGGGCGCGCGAGACGCGCGGCGAAGCGUGGGCCGAGAUCCUCGACUGUGGCGACGAGGGCGGCAGCGUGCCCCGCAUGCUGCAGGACGCGUGGGACGAGAAGAAGCGGUCGCGCGAGUACCUGAACGCGUCGGAGCACGACUGCGACGCGAAGUACUACGCGCACGCGUUCGUGGCCUCAUGAACGGUUGCUUGUACGUGCAUGUACAGUCGGCGGCUGCAGCCCGCGCACAGCAAUUACAGAUGUAGUCCGCGUCGGAGACUCCGGAGACACCGGAGACCUGUGUGGCACUGCACGACGAACGGCCACAUAUGUGAGCCGUAUACCGUCGGUACACUCAGAGCUGCGUACAGCGUGCACGGGACGCGGGACGGCGUCACGGGCACGGCGAGUCAACGCCACAGGUGAGCGGGUGUGGGACUGGGCGAGCUGCGGGAUGUGCACGCCGUGCGGGUGCACGCGCGCGUUAAAAAACGAUAUUCGACAUU